AUGGUGCACUUGAAACGCUCGCGCUUUUCGCAUACAAGAAUCGAGGAGAUGGUGGCCGCUCAGAUGCCCUCGUCGCUGAGCAACGAGCAAGUGCAACAGGUUUUUGAGCAGGUCGAAAACGGCGAGGACGUCUCAGGAGAAUUCGUGGCGAACGCCGAAUUGGGCGGACUGAGAAAUCAGACCGGUGAAUCGUUGCUGCAGGUGGCCGCGCGGGUCAACAAUGUGCCCAUCGUGAAGCACGUUCUCCCGGAGAGUGACACCGAUGAUACGGAUAAUGACGGUUGGAGUGCUUUGUUGGUGGCGGCUUGGAACGGUCAUGCAGAAUGCGUUCGCCUAAUAUUGGAGGCGACAUGUUCGGUGGAUCAACCAGAUUUGAUGGGCUGGACGGCGUUGAUGUGGGCUGUGUACAAGAAUCAACCAGUUGCUGUUGAGUUACUAUUGGCGCACCGGGCUCACGUAAAUCUGAUUGACGAGGAGGAUGGUUUAACUCCAUUGAUUGUCGCCUCGGGAAGAGGAUUUGCUGAUUGCGCCCGAAUACUCAUCGAUCAUGAUGCGCAGGUGAACGCUUGCGAUAAAUUCGGCUCAACGGCGCUGAUUUGGGCGUCGAGGAAGGGUCAUUUGCCGGUUGUUCAGCUACUUCUCAAUGCUGGCGCUGAAGUGGAUGCUGUGGGAAUGUAUUCUUCAACGGCGCUUAUGUUGGCCACGAGAGGGAAUUACCUGCACGUGGUCGAUCUUUUGUUGUCAAGAGAUCCAAAUGUGAAUGUCGUUGACCAGAACGGUCUCUCGGCUUUAUCAAUCGCGGCUCGCGAAGGUUACGUGGAGAUUUGUGAUUCGUUGAUUAAAACGGGCGCCUUUGUGAAUCAGUGUGAUCGAUUCGGCAAUUGGAUUCUGGCGAGCGCAGUGAGAUCAGGAAAUGCGAAUAUCGUGCGAAUGUUGAUUGACAAAUAUGCAGAUAUCAAUUGUCAAGAUUCGGAAAACCGAACGCCCCUCCAUUUGGCGAUCGACAAAUCCUUCAUGGAUAUCGUUUUGCUGUUAUUAGAGAAGAGGCCAAAUCUUGAGAAUAAGAAUAAGGAUGGAGAAACGCCAUUGUUGAGAGCGGUGAAGAGUCGCCACGUUGCUUUGUGUGAUCUUUUAGUGAAAGCCGGCGCGAAGAUCAGCGCCACCGACAAAGAGGGAGAUAAUGCUUUGCAUUUGGCGUUGAGAGCAAGAAGCAAACGAUUGGCGACAGUUUUGCUGACAAAUCCGCAGGAUUCUCGGCUUCUCUAUCGACCAAAUAAACUCGGCCAAACCCCGUACUCGAUCGAUCAACAAAAUCCGCAACCGAUUUUGCCGUUAAUUUUUGGACCAGUAGACGCCGAACAACACCUCGAUGCAAUGCUUGGAUAUGAUAUUUAUAGCAAUGUAAUCGCUGACAUCCUUUGCGAGCCAAAUCUACAAUUGCCGUUGACAUUGGGUCUAUACGCGAAAUGGGGAUCCGGGAAAUCUGUAUUACUGCAAAAAGUCAAGGAGUCGAUGCGUAGUUUCUCAAGGAGUUGGCUUGACGGGAUUCAAUUGAGAUGGUCAGCCCCAGUGCUUCUCUACAUUUUCGUCACCGUUCUCAUCAUUUCGAUGACUGUGGCGACGAUCGUCUCGAUCUCUCGAAUCCCGCAAAUUUUGAUCGGCACCGGCGUCAUUGGACUCUUGUUAUACUUGUUGUUAGCAGUGGGCUAUUGUAUGACUUACUAUGGUAGCGAGGUGCGAAUGUGGGUGAAAAGUAUGACGAUAGCUGAGUACAUCGCGAGAGCUUUUGCCCAUAUCAAAUUACUCUUCAACGUCAUCAUGCUAUAUGCUCCACAACAUUCGGAAAAAGAUAUGGUAUCGAAUCCGGUCUCUUUCCUCUUCGCCGACUAUCAUCGUCUAUCGUCGAUUGGUGGCGAGCAAGCGCUGGCGAAAAUCGUGGUCACUCUUUUUGAAGCAGCUGAAAGUCACUAUGGGGCGUUGCCUGUACGGAUAUUUUGCGCGCUACGUGGAAGCAAUUGGAGCGAUUACUACACCUCAAUCCACGGCUCAUUGCGUCGUCAUUGCGGUGUCCCCGUUGUGCUGAUCGCAACAGCAAUCCUUCUCGCAUUGGUCCUCUUCGAGGGUUUUCUCAUGGCUUGGUUGUUCAACAAGGGUUCACAUUAUUUCUUCGUGUCGCUCGUUUUUCUUGCGUUUCUCGUGUUGAUGAUGGCCUAUCCACUCUUUUUAACGAUUCGCUAUGGCACUCACAAUGUUCCGAAGGCUCGGAUAAACUCGGCUGCCCGGGCUGUGCACAAAUUGAGAUUCGAAGGCCUCAUGCAAAAGCUGCAAACCGAGGUGGAUUUGUUGGCGGAUAUGAUUCGCUCGCUCGACGCUUUCACGAACAGUCAAACGAGGCUUGUUGUGGUGGUCGACGGUUUGGACAACUGUGAGCAAGAGCGAAUGGUGUCCACCCUGGACGCUCUCGAGCUACUCUUCUCCGCUCGCAAAACUCGUCCUUUCGUGGUGAUCAUCGCCGUCGAUCCACACAUCAUCAUCUCAGCGAUCAAUCACAACAUUCACAGUGCACUGUCCGGCACCGAGCUCACCGGAGCCGACUACCUGAAAAACAUUGUCAACAUGCCGUUUUUCUUGCACAACUCGGCGCUGAGACAAUUGCAGAAUAAGCUCAAGGAGAAAAGAGAAACGUACUUGGAUUGGAAAGAAAGAUUCCGACGACAGGACACCUUUCAUGGAUCACAUCUUUCUUUGAGAGAUGCCGACGUGCGGGGUGCGGGAUCACGAAAAGUGACGCAAAGCGCGAUCGCUGUGGGAACAAGAUCCGUGGGAGAGGCGUUAAUGGCCGAUGAUUAUUUCUCAGCAAUCAAUCCGAGAGCAAUGAGGAGAAUCAUUAAUGCGUUGACGUUGACGGGACGUUUGCUCAGAGCGUUCGAGAUCGACUUCUCGUGGUUGUCCUUGGGACAUUGGGUCUCAAUGUUAGAGCAAUGGCCAUGCCGGAUGUGUUGGUUAAUUGAGCAUGCAGUUGAUGCUCGAUCCAGCACACUCACCCUUUUCGACAUCUGGAUUCAACUGAGAGAGCACAUCCCGAAAGGUGAUCCACUGUUUGUACAGGAUCGAAACCCGGAGAACUUUGAGUCAUUCUUGAGAGCCGUUUCGGCGGAGGGCACCGAACAGUUGACGGUGGCACAUGUGCGAAAAUUCGUCCCAUGCACGUCAAAUCUCGAUCCGUAUUUGAGGAAAUUGAUUCGAGAAAAACGCGAAGGCAUUGAGGAGCCACAAAUCGAAGAACGCUCUUUCCGACUACCACCCAACGCGAAGCAUCUAUUUGCGGAUGAGAAGACCUGGCAACUGGUGGAGGUGCCGUUAGCGGAGACGCGUAUCGAGCAGCUCAUCAGCCUCAUCAAGCGUUUGGAUAUACCAGCGAAGAGAUUGGACGUACUGAUCGAGAAAUUUCGUGCCCUCAACCUGAACGGCCUUGUUUUAUCCACUUGUCAGUUGCCCGAGUUGCAGGGAGCGCUCUCGUUACCUUUGGGUGAUUGGACGCUACUCCGACUGCUGAUCGAGACAUUGCGAGCUUUUGGCUCGAACGUUCCCGGAGCGAGGGCUCAAGAAAAGCGGAUGACUACGAUAUUGCAUGAAGAAGAGGAGGAGGACGAUCACGAGGAAGAGCUAGAGUUUGAGAGUCGGCGGAACAGCAUUAGCAGGGCUCCAAGCAUUGUGGCCAACACUCCAUUGCCCACCUAUCGAAAACGGGCGACAGUGAGCGAGAUCGCAACACAGAUGACCGUUGAUGGACAGCACGAUGCACUGAUGGCAAGUCUUGCCGAUAUGGAUGCACAUGAGACAGAGGGUGAUAUUCCAAAUGGUGGCCUCUCAUCGGGUGCUUCGGUGAGAUUCGACGAUGAUGGAGCGGCGACAUCGCUUGAUUCCACCGAGUCUCGUUUCGGCUCAUCCGAUAAUCUUUUGGAAAUCGAUGAAGAGUUUGAACCGAUGCUUUCGAGGCAACCAAGUCAAAGGGGUGAAUUGAUGAGUCGAAUCCACGGCGACAGUCUGCAUACAGAGGGUGGAGCCUCGCCGAGAGAUGCCGGCAGCAGGACUAGCUCGUUUAUGGGCAGUCUAAACGGAAUGCUGAACUCAUUUUUCAGCUCAAGUGGAAGUCAAAGCUCAGUGGACAACGAGAAUCAAUUGACGAUUUUGAGAAGACAAGAACAGAAUCAAGAAAGGGAAUCAUUGCAGGGAUUGUUUAGAGGAAGCGAUGAUCGAGAGCCGCCUGUU